AUGGCAGCCACUUAUACCAAGGCCAGACUUGAACAUGCACUCAAAGUUUUCCGCGAGGCACGAAAAGCCUCGAAACGUACCACGACCAAGGUACAGCGCCACCUACGCGACGAUUACCAAUUCCGGCGAGUCAGAGCUCCUAAUAAUCUUAUUCAAGCCACUGCUUGGGAUGACGACGACGCAUCGUCCGAUGACUUCAAUCCCGAAGCUCCGAAAAAGCGUCGACUUUUCAACACGAGAGCAUCCAGGGCUAAACGCUCCAAACAAGACCAGCGACCAGUAAACCCCACACAUACCACAGCUGGGAAGAUCGAAGACCGAUUGAUACCUUUCCCUACUCUGCUGACUAUUCGCUUGGCGUCUUUACGUGGAAAAGUCCUCCUCAAUGAGCUUGCUGUUCAGUAUGGCACGGGCUACGAGACGAAGCACAAGAGCGACAGAAAAGCGAGGAGAGAUGGCCGAUACGAAUCGACCAAAACGUAUCUGGAGCUCCAAGAUGAGGAGAGCUGCAAGAUCGACGAGGGCACCACACGCAGUGGUCUCAAGAGAAAGAUCGAUUGUACAGCCAACAACCAUGGGCCUCCUGCCUGCAAACAAUCUAAGGAGCGAUGCGCCACGAAAGACUCUCAAGACCCAUCCUGUAACCGCUGUGAGACUGAUCAUCUCAAGUACGGUGCAUCCAAGAACGAUGAAGGGUCGACUAGACUUGAAAGAACCGCAGAGUCGAAGCGAACUGAAGCCUCACGUGUUGCAGCUGCCCUGACUCCGUCUUCUCUCUUGGCUCCGCCGACUCCAUCUCCAUCUCCAAUGGCCGAAAGGCCUAUCGAUCAAUUGCGGAGACACUAUGUUGAAAUUCAAGCCAUGCUGGGCACCUCAGGCUCGUUGGCUGGAGUGUCGCGAGACAACCCGAUCACCUUGGACUCACCCAGUCCUUCUCCUAAGUUAGCGACCCCAAUGCUGUUCUCCACAUUCACCAUUACCACGCCUUGGGCCCAUCCCAUCAACUUCCAGUGCGCCGUCAAUGCACAGCCAUCGUGCCAUUUCUGCUAUGAUUUCAGGUUCAAGGCAUACAUUGGCCAGUUGCUGGACAAGCGCUAUCCUAACGGGCCCGCCAUCAAACUCGGCGUCUACUAUACCUGUUCAUUGUGCACGCAGCCUGCAUUUUGGCGGUGUGUGGCCGACCAGUCGCGCAAUAGGUACGGGCAGAAGUUGAGAGCGGAAGAGGGAAACGGCAGGGGUUGCGGAUUGUUCCUGUGCAAGUCUUGCUCUGCGAAUCUUCAAGCUGACAACGGCGUCCUGAAGAAGACCACGGUCCGGAAAUCCAGUGGCCAUGACUGCCGCCGGGCUGACAUGGAGUUUCUUUUCCCGGGUAGCUUGCUUCACCAGGCAUACAAAUGA